CAAGCGGCUACAUCGCCGCGCUCCGUCACUGCCAGGGUCCCAGCCUUCGCGGGCCGGGGCCUCCCCCGCUGCGGCAGGACGGGGAGAAGAACCAUGGCGUCCUGCGUGGGGAGCAGGACCCUGAGCAAGGAUGAUGUGAACUACAGGAUGCAUUUCCGCAUGAUCAACGAACAGCAAGUGGAGGACAUCACCAUAGACUUUUUCUACCGGCCGCACACUAUCACCCUGCUCAGCUUCACCAUCAUCAGCCUCAUGUACUUCGCCUUCACCAGGGAUGACUCUGUUCCCGAAGACAACAUCUGGAGAGGCAUCCUCUCUGUUAUUUUCUUCUUUCUCAUCAUCAGCGUGUUAGCGUUCCCCAAUGGUCCAUUCACUCGACCUCAUCCAGCCUUAUGGAGAAUGGUUUUUGGCCUCAGUGUGCUGUACUUCCUCUUCUUGGUAUUUCUCCUCUUCCUGAACUUCGAGCAGGUCAAAUCCCUAAUGUAUUGGCUAGAUCCCAAUCUUCGAUAUGCCACAAGAGAAGCAGACAUCAUGGAGUAUGCCGUGAACUGCCACGUGAUCACCUGGGAGAGGAUCGUCAGUCACUUUGAUAUAUUUGCCUUUGGGCAUUUCUGGGGCUGGGCCAUGAAGGCCUUGCUGAUCCGCAGUUAUGGGCUCUGCUGGACAAUUAGCAUCACCUGGGAGCUGACAGAGCUUUUCUUCAUGCAUCUGCUGCCCAACUUUGCUGAGUGCUGGUGGGAUCAGGUCAUUCUGGACAUCCUGUUGUGCAAUGGUGGUGGCAUCUGGCUGGGCAUGGUGGUUUGCCGAUUUUUGGAGAUGAGGACUUACCACUGGGCAAGCUUCAAGGACAUCCAUACCACCACAGGGAAGAUCAAACGUGCCGUGUUGCAGUUCACUCCUGCUAGCUGGACUUAUGUCAGAUGGUUUGAUCCUAAGUCUUCCUUUCAGAGAGUGGCUGGCAUAUACCUUUUCAUGAUCAUCUGGCAGCUGACUGAGUUGAAUACCUUCUUCUUGAAGCACAUCUUUGUAUUCCAAGCCAGCCAUCCCUUAAGCUGGUGCAGAAUUCUCUUCAUCGGCUGCAUCACAGCUCCUACAGUGAGACAGUACUAUGCUUACCUCACCGACACACAGUGCAAGCGUGUAGGGACACAGUGCUGGGUGUUUGGGGUCAUUGGUUUCCUGGAAGCUAUUGUUUGCAUAAAGUUUGGACAAGAUCUCUUCUCGAAGACCCAGAUACUCUACGUUGUAUUUUGGCUUCUUUGUGUGGCCUUCACCACGUUCCUGUGCCUGUACGGCAUGGUUUGGUAUGCAGAGCACUAUGGUCAUCGGGAAAAGACCUAUUCAGAGUGUGAAGAUGGCACUUACAGUCCAGAGAUCUCCUGGCAUCAUGGGAAAGGCUCAAAAGGUUCUGAAGACAGCCCACCCAAGCAUUCAAGCAACAACGAAAGCCAUUCUUCCAGAAGAAGGAACCGGCAUUCCAAGUCCAAAGUCACCAACGGAGUUGGAAAGAAAUGAAGGAGCCUCGUUAAUCUCAGACGUUCCAGAGAGUGCCUAGACCUGAGAGGGCAGCAGAACACAUUCGGACCUUCCUAUGUGGAGAUCAAAAAGUACAGAACAUACAGAAGGGACAGAGGGGGCUUUGGGGAUCAUGGUUUGAGAGUGUAAGUCUUGUCUCCCAUAACCCUGAACAUACGUUAGGCUGACCAUGACUGGGGUCCUUUGCCAACAGGAGGUGUCUCCUAACUUCAGCACGUGGCCUGUGGUUGCUGGUAGCUAUACAGUGUGCUGGGAGGACCAGGGUAGCUAGCUGUGUGCUCCUGGUUGCCAGCAAUGG